UAAUAAUAAUAAUCAUCAUAAGAAUAAUAAUAAUAAAUAAUAAUAAUAAAAGUAAUAAUAAUAAUAAUAAUAAUAAUAAUAAUAAUAAUAAUAUUAAUAAUAAUAAUAAUAAUAAUCAUCGUCAUCGUUAGAAAGGAUUACGUCUGGAGAACCCAAGAAAUCGAAUCAUUUUUAUUCGAACGCGGAAGAGGGUGGAGAGAGAGAGAAAGAGAGAGAGAGAGAGAGAGAGAGAGAGAGAGAGAGAGAGGAAAGUGGAGAGUGAGAGUGAUAUACCAGAUAGAGAGAAAAAAAUCACGGUAAAGGAAAGAAAGGUGUGCUCGCAAAAAUUGGCCGGUACGGAAGGUAGGACCGACCGGCGGCGAGCGCGUUCGAAGGACCUCUCGACGAGGGGAAGUAGAUGGCCGCUACCACGUACAUGCCGGUUAGUAGCGCAGUGUCGGCCGAGCUGGAUGGUGGUUCGGGUACAACAAUCGGGAUGAACAUCGCCGUGGGUGGCUAUUCCUCGGGCUCGCCCCGCAGCGCCGCCGACGCCGGCGAAAUGAAGUAUAUGCCGGCGCCGCAGCAUCAUCAUCAUCACCACCAUCAUCACCAGGUGACGUCGUCCCCGUCGCCAAACGGACUUUCGCAUCCGGCGGCGAGCCUCUCCUCGGCUAACCCAUGGGUUAGCUUGCAACCCGGUAGCGAUCCUUGGGCGGCUUCGAUGGGGAUGCAUCACACGAGUCAUCAUCCUCACCAUCAUCCCCAUCAGGCUAAUACGAGCCUAGAUGUGAAACCUUUAACGGCUGCCGCCGCGGCGGUGAACGCCGAUCAGGGCAUGCAUCAUCGCGGCCCUCAUCAAUCCCCUGGAAUGGCGUCGCCGCAUUCCUGGCACGCGCCCGUCGUACCCUCGGCUCAUUACAAUCCGAGCGGCGGCGCGGCAUCCCCGACUACCCUCCAACAAUACCAUGCGGCUAUGAACGGCAUGCUACACCAACACUCUCACCAGCAUCCCCAUCAGCUGCACAAUCACCAGGCCGGCCUUCCUCAUCAUCUCAGGGACGCCCACAAUCACAGUCCGCCGACGGGUCAUCCUCUUCACCCGGGACAUCCCCUUGAUAGGGAUCACAGUGCCGGCGAGGAGGACACGCCGACGUCCGACGAUCUCGAGGCGUUCGCGAAACAAUUCAAACAGAGACGCAUCAAGCUAGGUUUUACCCAAGCCGACGUUGGCCUCGCGCUCGGUACCCUUUACGGCAACGUAUUCUCGCAAACGACGAUAUGCAGGUUCGAGGCGUUGCAGCUAAGCUUCAAAAACAUGUGCAAGUUGAAACCUCUUUUACAAAAAUGGCUCGAGGAGGCGGACUCGACGACGGGCUCGCCUACGAGCAUCGACAAGAUCGCGGCGCAAGGUAGAAAACGAAAGAAGAGAACGUCGAUCGAGGUCUCGGUUAAGGGUGCUUUGGAGCAACACUUCCACAAACAACCUAAACCAUCGGCCCAAGAAAUAACGACGCUUGCCGACAGUCUACAGCUCGAAAAGGAAGUCGUAAGGGUAUGGUUCUGUAACCGACGGCAAAAGGAAAAGAGGAUGACGCCGCCUAACACGCUCGGCGACGGCAUCAUGGAAGGCAUGCCGCCGGGUCAUCAGGGACAGGGUGGCCUCCAUCAGGGCUAUCACCCGCAGGAUCACCUACACGGCUCGCCCAUGGGCCAUAGCCACAGUCCCCCGAUGCUAAGUCCUCAAGGUCUUACGGCCCACUCGUUGGCGGCUCACUAGCGUUCGCCGGGGCCUCCCCCGUUGGGCCUCGCAUUAACCUCUCAAAACGCGCCGAAUUCCUCCGCGUCCUCGUCCGCGCCACCGCCGCCCCCGCCUCCAACGGCGGAGAGUCUACCGCACUUUUAUCAACACUAUCUGCAAACCCGUACGGGUUAUGCCGGUAGCUCGUAGCUCUAGGCGGACCAUCUAUGCUUCUCAAAUCCCGCGACGAGGAAAGAAAAAAGAUGAAAACCAAUGAUUGCAAAUUCAAAUAACAUCAACAACAACAACAACAACAACAACAACAACAAUAAUAAUUAUAACAACACGCAAAAAUCAAGGAGGAAGAAUGGUACGAGAACUAAUUAAACGGGAUUAUAUAUAUAUAUAUAUAUAUAUAUAUAUAUAUAUAUAUAUAUACACACAUAUAUAUAUAAAUACACACACAACCAAUCUACGCGGAUGGAUUAUUUCAUUCGACGACGAGGUUCAACGGGGCCUAACGAGGCCGGCACUUGGGGGCCCGUACACACCGGGGAGGCUGACGAGAGCUCCGAUGAUGCUCCGAUGUUCGAUGCUGCUCUGCUGUUGCUGCUGUCGCUCUUGAUAAAACUCCUUUAAUAAUUUCGUUCUCUCUCUUUAUCUCUCUUUCUCUCUUUCUCUCUCUAUCUCUCCCCCUCUUCCUCUCUCUCUUAUUCUCUCACACUUGCUCUCUCUUUUUCGCUCUCUAUUACAAUAGAGAUGGACUCAAAGAUUGAUGAAAAGAGAGGGAGAGGGAAUUAAAUAUAAAGGACGAAUUUGGCGACAUAAAUCGUCGUGCUAAACCGUCGCAGAGAACACAAAAAUCGUGACGAGAAAAUCGACGGUCUGUCAAAACACAUGGGACUUGGAAACGUCGCUCGUUCAUCCCUUGUUCGACGAGUGUCGUUUUUGUGUUUACUAUUUCUCUCUUACUCUUUUUCUGUCUCUCUCUUUCUCUCUUUCUCUGUAUCACUCUUUCUAUCUUUCUUUCUCUUUAUCUUCAUAUACUUAUCAGUGCGCGUAUCGAAGAAGGACAAUAUUGAAGAACGAGAACUGGAUUGGAAAAAUGUUUUGGGUUAAUUAUGAGAAAGAGAGAUAGAGAAUGUCUGAAGGACAGAGCACGACGAAUGAGAACAGAGAGAAAAAAGAAAAGCAGACAUAAAGAGAGACGAGAGAGACAACACCAGAGAGACGGAGAGAGAGAGAGUGAGAGAGAGAGAGAGAGGGAGGGAGGGAGGGAGACCAGAGAAAGAGAGAGCGUGAGAGAGAGAGAGAGAGAGAGAGAGAGAGAAAGAGAGAGGGAAGAAAGAAAAAAGAAAGAGACGAAACGCAACGAACGUACGUAGGAUAGUGCUGUGUUCGCUUUGGGAUUUUGCGCCGCGAGUCCCGGCGAAUGAUGUAACAUAAGUAAAUAUGGACUGUAAAUAAUGUACUAGAUAAAAAGAGCUAGUAAGUUAAGUGAAAACAUGAAAGCCGUUUGGCUUCAUCGUCAUCGUCGACGUCGUCGACGUCGUCGUCGCCGCCGCCGCUGCCGCUGCCGCUGCCGCCGCCGUCGUCGCCGUCGCUGCCGUCGCCGUCGUCCACGUUGACACCGUCGCCUGCAUCUCUUCUUCGUCGUCAUUGUCAUCAAAAGCUGCUGUUGCCGUUGUCGUUGCCGCCGACGCUGACGCCGAUGCCGACGCCGACGCCAUCAUUAUCAUCUAUGCCGCCGCUGUCGUCGCUCUGUCGUUUUGUUAUAGACGAAAAGAACAACAAAAAAAUAAAAACAAAAGAAUAAGAGAAAUGAUAUAUAUAUAUAUAUAUAUAUGAUGUAUAUGUAUAUACGGCAUGGACUAAUCGAUAUGGAAUGAUUGAGAAAAAUUAUAAGAUGGAGAAGAGGAGGAAGAAUUCAGAAGAAGGAAGAGGAGCAAGAGGGUAAACGGAGAGAUGAAACAAGGGCGCACGCGUCGUCUUCUAAGUCGUCGUCAUCGUCAUCGUUAUCGUCAUCGUCAUCGUCAUCGUCAUCAUCAACGUCCUUGUGGAGAUAUGCGAGCCGCACGUGUGCGAAAUUCAACCAGACAGAUCCCCCUCAAACGAAAAUAUCACCCUUCUGUAUAAAGAGUGUACAUAGAUUUCGAUCGAAUGGGGACGAUGCACGGCCGGGAAAUGAGAUUUUGUUGAUACCGCUUGUGUUUCAACGACGUUUCAACGAGAGAGAAAGAGACAGACAGACAGAGAGAGAGAGAGAGAGAGAGAGAGAGAGAGAGAGAGAAAGAAAGAAAAAAUGAGAAAGAAAAGAGAACGUUUGAGUCCGAAUGUCUUUUUAUAUCGUAAGAUGGACAGAAUUUUUAGUGCAUUACAAAAAAAAUGCUAGAAUAUAUAUAUAUAUAUAUGUAUAUAUAUAUUUUAUUUUUCUUUUCAUUUUUGAAAGUCUAUCUUUUUCUUUCUUUUUUUCUUUUAAACGAAAACCAAAAAAAUCUCUAUGCACAUACGUGAAAAAAGAAAAAAAGAAGAAAUAAAGGAAACAUUAGAAAAUCGAAGGUGUUAUAAUCGCCUAUUGUUAUUCAUUCUCACGAUGUUUUUACACAGAACGAUCGAUGAAUUAUGUGAUACGAAUAUUUAAUGAUUUAAUAACGAGGAUUUUGCAGUUCGUUGUAAAAAAAUAAGAAAGAAAAAAAAAUACAAAAAAAAAAAUACAAAAAAAAAAAAAAAGAAAAAUAAAUAUAAAAAGAGAGGAAACAAAUGAAAAGGGAAGAACUCCUUCGAUUUUCUUCUCUCGAUUAAUUCGUUUUGAACGAGCAAUAUGACGCGUGCGUUUAUUCCGUUCCGCAAGACGGUGCAUAUGUCAGCGAAGAAAAUGAUGACGAUAGAUAGAUAGAUAGAUAGAUAUAGAGAGAGAGAGAGAGAGAGCGAGAGAGAGAGAGAGAGAGAGAGAGAGAGAGAGAGAAAGAGGUGACAUGUAAAAACAAUACUUAUGGAUUAUCACGAUCUAAUACACGAAAAGAAAAAAAAUUAUACGCAUCUGUAAACAAUAUCCCUAUCUACCUUUUCCCUCUUCCGUCACACCUCCUCCUAUUUCUCCUACCCUUCCCUCUAUUUUAUCUCUUCUCCCUCCCCUUCCACAUUGUAUAUUAUUAUUAAACAUUAAUUAAUUAUUAACGAUAAAAAAAAGGAAAUGAAAAAAGAAAAAAAAAAAAGUAAUCGAGACCUGGCAAGUGGUAGGUGACGUUUUGUUAGAACGACGGAAACUAAAUUACUACUGAAUUUUAAUUAAAUAAACAACAUUGAAAGUAA